GAAUACGGGUUGGCGCCGAGAUCGUGGACGGAUUAUUUGUAUUUGUCCGUCGGAGGGACGCUGUCCAACGCCGGCAUCAGCGGCCAGGCCUUCAACCAUGGCCCUCAGAUCAGCAAUGUCCACGAACUCGACGUCGUCACAGGAAAUGGCGAACUAGUGACAUGUUCGGAGGAACAAAACGCGGAUCUUUUCCACGCCGUCCUCGGGGGAUUGGGCCAAUUUGGGAUCAUCACACGAGCCAGAAUCGUCCUCGAACCAGYUCCUCAAAGGGUGCGGUGGAUUCGAGUUCUGUACUCAAAUUUCACAGCCUUUACGAAGGAUCAAGAAUGGCUAAUCUCUCUGCAUGGAAAACCAGAGAGUGAGAAGUUUGAUUACGUGGAGGGAUUUGUGAUCGUUGAUGAAGGGCUGAUCAACAACUGGAGAUCGUCGUUCUUCUCUCCGGCGAACCCUGUAAAAAUCUCCUCCUUCAACGCCGACGAUGGUGGAGUUUUAUACUGCUUGGAGAUCACCAAAAACUACCAUCACUCCACAGCCCACACCGUUGAUCAGGUGGGACAGGAGGAGCUCCGCUGUGACACCGGACGAGGACGUAUUCUACCUGGUGGCAUUGCUGCGAUCGGCGCUGGACAAUGGGGAGGAGACACAGUCCUUGGAGUAUUUGAGCAAUCAGAACGAUCAGAUCUUAGCAUUCUGUUCCGAGGAGGGGAUUGAAGUGAAACAGUACCUGCCUCACUACACGAAGGAGGAGGAGUGGGCGGACCACUUUGGCGAUAAUUGGGCUGAGUUUCGGAGGAGGAAAAUGAAGUUCGAUCCUGGGCACAUUCUAGCCACCGGGCAGAGGAUAUUCCCGCUCCUGCCCUCCAAUUCGGUAAACACAGCGGCAGCAGCAUCCCGGUGACAUCAUGAGACCUGAUUGUCAAGAGGAAAAAAACAGCAACAAUGGGAGCAGUAUGCACAUACUGUUAAUGCAGUAGGAAAGGAUAAUAUUUGUAUAUAGUAAAAGUAGAAAGAGCAGACUGCAGAGAAUCAAACGUUGUUUAAAAGAAGAGGGCCCUUUUUCCUUUUUACAGUGCAACACGAGGGCAGAGAAAAAGGAGGGUGGAUUUGCAGCAGAAUCGCUGGGGUCCUCCAUGAUCAAAAGAUUCAAAAUGUUGCACAUGUAAGGCAUUGCUGAGGCUGUGAUUCUGACCGUCAGAUCACUUUGCCUCUGCCUUCUGAUCUGAUGGGUUCAGUUCCAACUUCCAAGUCCAAAAGCCUUUUCACAACCUGCCAAUUUUCACUGUUCUUUCCCCUUAUUACAAUUUUUUUACUGAUGCAAGUUUAAUUAUUGAACUCCCUCAACUUAUGUAUCCCAUAAAUGUAUUGUUUCAAAUAUGUCUACUCUAGCCUUAUUGGUUUUCA